AUGUCGUCCCCUGGAUCGUCGUUUGUGCAGAUAAAACAUGAGGACUUGGUUUUCUAUGAGAACUGUGGAGGCGGCAGCUUUGGAAGCGUCUACAGAGCUCUUUGGAUUUCCCAGAACAAGGAGGUGGCAGUAAAGAAGCUCCUAAAGAUUGACAAAGAGGCUGAAAUACUCAGUGUCCUGAGUCACAAGAACAUCAUUCAGUUUCAUGGAGCCGUGCUGGAGUCGCCCAACUAUGGCAUUGUCACAGAAUAUGCAAGUGGUGGGUCGUUAUAUGAGUACCUGUCCAGUGAGCAGAGUGAGCAGAUGGACAUGGAGCAGAUCAUGGCCUGGGCCAUACAAAUAGCAAAAGGAAUGCAUUACCUUCAUGCAGAAGCUCCGGUCAAAGUAAUCCAUAGAGACCUAAAGUCACGAAAUGUGGUCAUAUCAGCAGAUAGAGUUCUCAAGAUUUGUGACUUUGGAGCAUCCAAGUUUCUGUCCCACACGACUCACAUGACUGUAGUGGGAACGUUUCCAUGGAUGGCCCCAGAGGUCAUCCAGAGUCUACCAGUAUCUGAGACCUGCGACACUUAUUCCUAUGGAGUCGUUUUAUGGGAGAUGCUGACUCGAGAGAUUCCAUUCAAAGGCUUUGAAGGGCUGCAGGUUGCGUGGCUAGUAGUUGAAAAGCAAGAGAGGCUGACUAUCCCCACUAGUUGUCCUGCAAGUUUUGCAGAACUAAUGCAGAAAUGCUGGCAAGCUGACCCUAAAGAGCGGCCACUUUUUAAACAAGUCAUGCUAACCCUGGAGACAAUGGCAAAUGACAGCAGGCUCCCAGAUCAGUGUAACUCUUUUCUCCAUAACAAAGAAAAGUGGAGGUGUGAAAUUGAGUCUACUCUUGAGCGCCUACGGAAGCUUGAAAGAGAACUUUACUCCAAGGAAAAAGAGCUUGAAGAAAGGGAAAGGAGACUAAAACUGUGGGAGGAGAGGCUCAUGCAAAGGUCUACCAUGAGUCCCAGCCCCACUUCCCUUCUGAUGGACUCAAACAUCUCACCUUUUUUCACACCACUGUCAAUCAGCUCGUCUGGUUCCUUCUUCCGCUCACACUCACAGGACUCCAACAGCAGCGCCGGCGUCAGCAGUGCUGGAGUCAGUUCUCUGUUUCGGACCCUCAGUAAUGGAGACACUGAGAGGAGCAGUAGUACCACACUGGAUCGGGGAAUGUCUUCUAUGGAAGGGGGAAGACUGCACGCGAUGCUGCGCGGAUUGUCUGGGAGAUUUGGAGAUGACGAAGAAGAGGAGGGUACCCUAAAUGACAGCAGUUGGGUGCAGAAGAAGGAUGAAGGUAGCCAGGAAGGAGGGAGGGUGCAGGUAACACUGAGGAGCUUUCCAGGAGGGGUGGUAGAGAGACAGGAGAGGACUUGGGAGGGGAGGGACACUGACACAGGUGGAUUGCAGCGGAGCAGGGUGACUAUGUGGAAGGGGUACUCUGGGAGUUUUGGAGAGGGCGAUUCAGGGCGAGACAGGGAGGCCGAGUGGGAGGUGGACAGAGCUGAGAACAGACCUGAGGACAGAGGGAUGGAGGGAGUGGUAGAAGUAUCAAAACUCCCUACAAUGUUAAAAGGGCUGGGAGCUGGUAUAGGGGGCUUUGGGGACAUGUUGUCCUUGGACAUGGAGGACAUAGGAGACAUGGACCGUCUGGGUGACAUGGACAUGAAUAUGAACAUGGGUGACUUAGGUAUAAUGAAAGUCACAGGUCGUGGAGUCAGGACUGAGCUGGGCGUAAGAGGGCGCAGAGAUAUGGGAGUUGUUGUACAGGGAGUACGGGGGGACCUCAGUGAAGCCAGAAGCCAAAAGAUCAGAGGGGAAAUGGGUGUCAAGGUGAGCAUGCAUUCUGCAUCCAACCAGAACUCUGUCAAAAGUUGUAGCAUGCUUCAAGGAACAAAGAUUAAGAUGGCUUCUACAGCAAUGGACAUGAUGGAGCUUGACUGGUCUGACAGUGACUGA